UCAUACCGAGCAACAGCUGGAGAGGAGCUUCACUCUCUUCUGAGACUUUUCAUCUUGCAGUGAAAUGUCGACCACUGGGAGCUCUGCGGGCUGUGAGGGCAUGUACUCCAAACUGAUAGAUACUGAGGCCGGUCAUGAGGAGGUACACCACGGGCCAGAUGUGGGACACAGUGCUCCACCAGUGUCAGCAGUCGGACUGAUCCAGAGGCUGAGUGCCGCCAGGCCAUACCGCCUCGCCACCAUCUGCUUGGCAGCGCUGUGCGCCAUCCUGCUGAUCUCCAUCAUAGCCGUCACUGCACAAUAUAAGAACAAACCUCAGGGUGGCGGUGAGGCGCCCUUAUGGAAGCAGACACAGGAGGUAAACGUGUCGACUCUGACGGCGACCAUAAACCAACUGAAGCAGGAGAAGGAACAGCUGCAGAAAGAGAGGGACUACCUGCAGGCUAAACUCGCUGCAAAGGUGGCUACUAAAGCUCCUGCUGUGGUGACACUGGCUCCUAUCACCUGUCCCAACGACUGGCACCUCUUUAACAACAGCUGUUACUUAAUCUCCAGGAACUCACGGGACUGGCCAGAGAGCAAGUCGUUCUGUGAGAGCCAAGGAGCUCACCUGGCCAUCAUCCACACAGCUGAAGAGCAGACAUUCCUAUGGAAUCUUCUUCCCAGAGGACACUGGAAUUCCUACUGGUUUGGCAUCACUGAUGGAGAAACAGAAGAUGAGUGGAAGUGGGUUGACGGCACUCCAGUGAUCGGAGGUUUCUGGGAGGUUGGUGAGCCAAACAACCACAUUAACGAAGAUUGCGGCUACAUCGUGAAAACACGUGUGUUGGAGCGAGUGCCGAUACGGAGCUGGUAUGACGCCCCCUGCCACAUGUACUUACCCUUCAUCUGUGAGAAAGAGAUGGUGGCCAGCGCCAGCACGGCUAUGCCACACUAAGACAUUCUGAUAUUCAUAACCAAAAGAAGAACUGUUUAGUAGUUGUGCAGGCUGUUUUGGUGCAGUUUUCUUAAUAAGGUUGGAAAAGCUGAUAUUUUCCAAUUUCACCUUUUAAAAUAGCCUGCUUUUAUAAUCUGUCACAAUUCAGCACCCCAGUGGAUUUUAAACAUGUCUGAAACUGCACACAUUCAGCUUUAAUUCAAGGCAUUUUACAAAUUUUUAGGAAUUAUAACAAAUUUAAUAUAAAGUCCUCCAUUUUCAGAGGCUCCUAAAUAAUUGCACAGUGGACUGACAGCCAGUUAUAUGGCCAGGUGAGGCCAUGAUUUUCAUUGUCAUGUGCAGCUCUGUGCCCUCAUACAGAUGGUAUUACAGGAAACCUGGCCCUCUACAGUGGAGAUACAAGCCAUAGCCCUACUUAAGGAAUAACAUUAAAGUAGCAGAAGUAAAAAUAAUCGUUAUUGAUAAAUUAAUGUGUACAUCAUGUUAAAUUAAAAACAAUUUUAAUUACUCAUACGGCUGAGAAAUGUUAUAAUAAGACAGCAUCAUAUAUCACUAGUUUUUUUUUUUUUUUUUAAUCUGCAACUAAUCAUAACAAAAGCUGGAGUAAAAAAGUAUAGUAGAGUAUGUUCCAUCACUGGGAUGAUCCAUGCACUCAUCCAGUGGCAUUAAUAGGAGUGACACCCUGCUCUCCUCUGGACAUGCCUCUGACUUCAGUGCCUUCAACUACAAAAUUAUUUUCAUAUUUUUAUAUGAUUGUGUUUUAGACUUUAUCAAUCAGGGAUUCAAGCUAAUUAUUAGUGUUUUUUUCUUUCUUUUUUAUAUUUGGAAUCAGCUACAAAUAGUGUUAUAU